CAAUUUCGAAGUAAUAAUAUAUCAAUCAAAAUAUUACAAUAAUCCAAUGUUUUAUAAACGUUUUGCAAAUAAGAUUUGGCAACUGUUCCAUGUGGGUGUUUUGAAUUUGUAAACAUAUUUGAUAAAACAUAACUAAGUAUGGCAGAUCUUAUGGGCUGUCAUGAUGAAAAUAAGUCCUUAGCUAGUAGUGAGCAGGAAGAAUUGGCCAAUGAAUUGAUACUAAGCGUCACUUCUAGCAGCAAUACAAAUGGAGGCAAACAAAUUGUUGAUCUACAGGAAGAAACCAUUUCUCAUGAAGGAAAACAUCAAACUCGUGUUACAUUUCAAAUACCUCCCACUAUGGAUUCAUCUAAAAUCUCAUCAGACAUGACAAUUAAAUGUAUUACCCGUGCAUCAAACAUGCGAACAAAAAUUGAAGAAAAAAUUACUGAGAUUGAAAAGAAGAUGGACCUUCCUGCUCUUGAUUCAAGUUCUGAGAGCAUUGAUAAGGAAUGGAGUCCUGCUGACUACAACUUAAUCAAAGUCUUAGAUCCUAAGAGAUCUCGCAGCUGUUCUGUUUCUGAAAUGAGGCAGAGUACCAUUGAUCGUCUGCAGUCGAAAUUAGAGAAGGCUGAAAAGGAUUUGGAACUGCGAGAAGAAGAAGUGCAGAGAUUAAGAAAAAUAAGGGAUGAAGUUGGAUCUGAAAUUGAAGACUUGACAGCAAGUUUAUUUGAGGAAGCGAAUAACAUGGUGAAAAAUGCUCAGAUCAAACAGCACAAGGCCGAAAAAAUUGCUAAGGAAGCAAACAUGAAGCUAGGAAUUCUGCAGGAAGAAGUUCAAGCUUUAAAAAGUAUUGUUCAAUCAACGGCACUGAAUAAUCCAGCUAGUGAAUGCUCUGAAAUGCAUGAAAAAAGGUCUUCUACACCUCAGAGAGAAAUGUAUGAGGUUGAUCCUAUCUUCAAUGAUGAGUUCGUGAAGUGGAGACAAAAUCCUAAUUUAGACAAAGAAUCGCCUUUUAUGAAACGCAUAUAUGAUGAAGAUAUUAAAGCAUGCUUAUGCUUCAGAAAUUCAAAACUCUCUGAUAGUAUAUUAUCCGCCAUUGAAGAAGAUAAGAUUAGUAUUGAAAAAAUAUCUGUGACCAAAAAUGAGCCUUUACCAAAAGUUUGCGAUCUGAUGAAUGCUCCUAGACUGUGUCCAUAUAAAAUGUAUCUAGAUGGAACGAACAGUUACAACAUAUCAGCUUUGAGUAGAAACAGAAUUGCUGCAAUCUGUGAUUUAUUUUGUUACCUUCGUUACAUACAGAGAGGUUUGAUAACAGUAAGAAUACAUGAAGUAUACUUGGAGAUACUGAAGAAACGAAGACGAAUAAUAUCGGCAAAGCUGGGAUUGAUCGAUGAUAUUGUGGAAUAAGUCAUUAAUCGCAAAUAUUGCAAAUGCGUUGUUGUGAGUGUGUCUGGUUUCAGAUUCUAGAGUAAUGAUUAAUUUUCUUACAAGUCUAGUGAAAACUUUUAUUCUUUAUUUUUCUGUUUGUGCUGUUGAAUUUCAAUUUUUUUAUGUUGUUAAAUUGAGAAAAUCUUAUAAGAUUAUCCCAAGCUUUAUUAAUUAAAAAUAAAGCAUAAGAGCUCAUAUUUUUAAUUAUGAAUCUUCCCAUUGUGUUUUAAACGAACAAGCAACUAACCCUUCAAAAGUUAAAUUGACGAUUUUACUUUCUUAAUAUAUGAUUAUAUAAUCGGAAAUUGUGUUUCAGUCAUGCAUAUUAAGAUGUAAAUAUCUCUCCAUUUAUUAAAUUUUCGAUACUUAAUUUUCUUGUGCUUUCCAAUCAAAUAUCAUUUCUCAUUGGAAGUGUGUUCUCCAUUCUAUCAUAAUAAAUACUCGUUAUUUAUUUUUUUAUUUAAUUAUUUAUCUUCAUGUUUGGAUCUGAUGUAUUCGUUUAAUCACUGUUCAAUAUGCAGUAAAGCAUCCUUUAUACGCUGUUUUAUCACAGUCGCAAUUUGUUCGUAAAAAUGUAAUAAUUAAGUAUUUCGUUUAUGCGACUGGAAAAAUGCAAAACUUCGGUAAUAUGUCAUUUUCACCGUUAGUAUCGAAAUCCUGAUAUUGUACUAAUUUAAAUGAUGAUGAAGAAGAUUGUGAGGAAAUUAUUCUACCUACUUUUAAAGACGCAUGUCCAUAAAAAAAAAAAUAAAUAAAUUAAAAAAAAAAAAAAAAUCUUUGAACUUAUUUUAUUUGUGAAAACAUAAUGACGAAACAUUCAUUUAAUUUAGUUCGAUUAAUAAUGCUGUGCUUAACAUUCACACGGAAUCAGCACAUUAGACAAUAGUUAAAUAUUUUUAUU